AUGAAGAUUGAUACAAAGAUACUACCAAGAGCAUCUAAAGAGCCGAGUCUUGUGCGCUUGAAGUUCAAGGAUGGGAAAGAGAUGAAUUUGGACGCAGAAAAGCUCGGUAUUAGGGGAGUAUCCGAUGAGGUAGAUAGGCAUUCACGGAUAUUGGCAAGGCAGGAGGAAUUGACAGGGAACUGA